GCUGCAGUCACGUGAUGGCAUUAGGCACUCCCUGGAACUCCUGGACUCUGUUCACUCCCUGGAGGUCCAGACAAGUGUGGGCCAGCAGCAGCAGGUGCGGCAGGAGGUGUCAGUGGAGCAUGUGGUGCAGGAGGGACAAAGUGUGUUCAUCCUGGAGGUGUCUACAGACGAUGACUCGCCUACCCUGGAACGCUCCAUUGAACGCCUGGACCCGAGGGAGUCCCAGGAGCUUCUGUCACAAGGGGUCCACGGCCUGGCCUUGUCAGACUCCCGCCCUCAGUCACGACCCACAGCACCUGUGCAAUUCACCCCUACAGGUGUUAGGUCGUCAGCACCAACAUCAGGGCGGGCAGGUGCUUCCCUCUCCUCCAGGACACAGGCAGAAGGCCAUCUGUCAUCCCUGGACCAAGUGACAUUUGUUCUGGACCACUCCAGGGAGACCGAUGACGACAGGCGCCCCUCCCUGGAGCGUCUGGACCCAAGGGAUUCGCUGGAACUCCUGUCACGAGAGGAGGGCUCGCGUGCCACGCACCAUAGGGUGUUCCUCUCUGACUCAGGGCCACAGCAACAGCAGCAGAAGCAGCGCAACACACCCGUAUCACAAGCUUCAGACACCCUCAGACACCGCCAGGGAACACUCCUUUCUGGCUUCAGGCCACGCACACGUGUACAGGAUACGCCACCUGUACGGUCACACGGGUUACCUCUGUCACCUGUGCAACCCAAACAGCCACAAGCGCCAAGAGAGAACCUGACACCUGUGAAACCUGAGCAAGUUACAAAGCCACAGCCACAACCACUGCCACCUGCAAAGCAGAUGGUACCUGUACACCCCCAUGGCGUACCUCUGUCCCCUGUGCCAGUCGAUAUGCCUCAAGCACCUGCAGAACCUGUACAACCUCACGGAGUACCUUUGUCACCUGUGCAACCCAAACUCCCACAGCCACCUAGAGACAAUCUAGUACCUGUGGAGCCUACCCCUGUACAACCUAUACCUCCAUCAUCUGUGAAACCUGCACCUUCAGCACCGCUGUUGCCUGACACACCUCUGCUGCCUGUGCAGCCUCGGAGGCCCCAGGAACCAGUGGAGAAGAAGACAGUGGAGUCCACCGGCAUACCUCUGAUAUUCAUACUGCCUGAUGACAGGCCACUGGUGCAGAACAACAAGCUCCAGGAGCCCCUUCAACUCCACCUCAUAGACCUGGGAGCUCUGACACCCACCGAACCACAGCCACAGACACAGCCACAACCACAACCACAGCCACAGCCUCCCAAGCCUACCGGCACACCACUCACACCUGUGCAGCCGAGGAGACAGCCACCACCUUCACAAGCCAGAUUGCCUUUGUCAUCACUGCUAGGGAACAGGCCACAAGGCGCUGCCAAGCCCCAGACAGCAUCAGUGGCACCAGCGCAGCGCAGAACACCUCACCACUCCAUUCCUUCAAGAACACAAACAGGACUCCCUCUACCGCCCACCAACCUCCUGCGGCCAAGGACACGGACACAACCAGCGUCAUCCAGACCCCGUGGAGGUAAUCGGUUUGAUCAAAGACUCUCCGCCGAGCAAGCCCUGAGGUCCCUGGAGGUGGAUGAUACCCCGCAGGACACCGUAGAGCGCCUGGACUCCAGAGAACGGUCAAGAGCCAGGGAGUCUCAAGAAGUUCUGGAUUUUGAUGAUGAUACAAGGCAGAGGGUGGCAGAUCGGCGGUUCGGGCUGCCCUUGUCCUUGUCUAGGUCUGAGGCAGGUGUACAGAGGGAGACACAGCAGUUGUCCAGACGUGUUGGAAGCUCUGCACCUCAAGAUGAACCUCAGCACAAGAUCCAGCAGACAAGACCUCAAGAAAAGAUCCAGCCUCUACCUAAACUCAUGUUACAGGCUGCACAGGCCAAGCAGGAGGUACAACCUGCAGCACCUCAACAGCAGCUUGUCGAGAUCACGGGACAGCAAGACACUCUUUUGGAGAUUGACCCCUCAGAUCCUCUUUCCGUGGAGCUGAAGGAGCACGUAGAUGAAUUCCUCUCCCUGGAGCGUGUUGUCCCCUCAGAUCCCAGCCAACCUGCCACCUUCAUCAUCCAGGAGGAGCCCGUGUUGUCCACAGAGGUUCAGGACACCGAUGACACCUUCAUAUCGCGGGAAAUAAUAUCGCGGGAGAUUCCUGAUUCUGUGGACAUUGAUUCCUCAGAGCGUCUGGCGGCAGGUGGAGGCCAGGUCAGCACGCAGUCUGGCAUCUCCUUAUUCCUGCAGCCACUGGGCAAUGAUGUGGAGCACCAGGAGGCGGAGAAACAAACGAAUAACGAAGGUAGUGGUAAGUCCUCCCUGCAGCAAGCCAUCGAGGACCUGAUGGCUAGCCUACUGCACGUCAGCCAGGGAUUCACUGACCAACAGAACAUUGAUACCCAAGACACCAUCACCACUUCAAACUUCCAUGUUACUGAUGGAGACUUUGGCAACUUCCAUGAAGCCUCUGAAGUGUUGCCAGCCAUGGUGCUUCCUGAAUCAGGCCCUGCAACACAGACUGAAACACCGACCGAGGCUCCUGCUGACGACAGCACCCCCACCUCCCUUGCCGUGACGGAGGAGCUGACCAUGCCCUCCGCCACUGAGGAGGUGGUGACGGUGCUCCCCACUGACGAGGUGACUACACUGGCGGAGGACGAGCCGGUCACUACAGCCUCCUCUGCCGAGGGUCACACCACCACACCUGACCCCGUCGAGAUGACAACACCUGCUCUCACUGAUGAGGUGACAACACCAGCUCUCACUGAGGUGACAACACCAGGUCUCACUGAGGAGGUGACAGCACCAGCUCUCACUGAGGUGACAACACCAGCUCUCACUGAGGUGACAACACCAGGUCUCACUGAGGUGACAACACCAGCUCUCACUGAGGAGGUGACAACGGUCAUCCCGGAGCAGGAAACUACAGCUGCUAACACCGAGAAGGCCAUGUCCAUGUCCUUCUCUGUGCGGCAGGGCAUCGCCGCGACCCUGCCCCCGCAGCAGCAGGAAACCACUCUCUCCCCGGUGGAGGAGCAGGAGCCAGCCACCACUGGGUCCCCAUCUCAGGAAGAGGCAACCACGUCCAUUCCAGGGCUGCAGGAGGCUAUUACUGUAGUCACCGACGAGCAGGAGGCGACAACUGUCCUACCAGAGGAGGACACCACCACCACCACCACCACCACUAAGGAUACAACCACUGCAGCCACCACCACUACUUCUGCCGCCAAGGACACCACAACCACCAUUACUACUACCCCGGGACAGGACACGUCAGCCACCACCGCCACCACCACAACCUCCUCCACUACUGAAGGAGCCACCACCACCACCACCACCACCACCACCGCUGCAGGGGACGCGCUCGAAGACCUCACAACCACGACGCUCCCAGACGACCAGACGACCACUGCGAGCCCUUCCACCACUAAGAAGACGACCCAGACCAAACUCGUAAGAACCGCACGACUCAUCCACCAACGACCACGAGUUCGGUACCAGCGUCCUGAAGGGCCCAGCCAGCGGUCAUUGCUACGACCCAAUCACGCCGCUGUUAAGACGAGGCAGGAACGACCCACGCCUAAGUACACGACACCUCAACGACUUCAGAACGAUCAGGGUUCCGCAAGACGACCCAAAUUUGCCUCCCGUCUGCUAGGCCUGUACAGACCGCCCAAAUAGGCCUAGAUAAGUUUGGAAAAUGUGCCAAAUGUGGUGAAUAUGGAUAGCAGCUGUUUGUUGACCAGCUGUGUGUUUGUUUGUGUGUUACGGUGACAUGAGUGUGCUGAGAUUUAUUUAUUUAUUGUGUAAUUUAUUAUGUUAUAUCCCGGUGUGUGUUUUGUAAUGCCAUAUCUAUCGAUUAAGUCUCCCUCUCUCUCUCUCUCUCUCUCUCGCUCUCUGUCUUUUAAUCUGUAGUUCUGAUUUUCGACGGCGCUAGUUGACCCCACUAUCGCGCCGCCUUGAGUCAAUCUGUCAGUCAGUCAAUCAAUUUCCUUUUUUUUCCAAUGGGACCUGAGUUAGUUGUGAUCCUUUUUCCCUCUCCCUCUCUCCCUCUUCCUCUCCCUCUCCCUCUCCCUCUCUCUCUCUAGAUUAAGGGUUUUUAUACAUACAUAAUUACGUGCGCUGUUUGUGUGGGAUUUCUUUGUACUUUUUUUCUUUUUGGUAAUCGUGAUCACUGUCCCUCCUGAACCAAAGACAGGCAGGAAGGGAAGUCAACUUGUAUCUUUCCUAUCACUAAGCUCAAUAAAGUGAUGCCAGACU